AUGCCGUCCCGCACCACGCCGUCCCGCACCACGCCGCCCCGCACCAAGCCGCACCAAGCCGCACCAAGCCGCAACGCGCCGCUCCACAACGCCGCGCACUACGCCGCAGCACACCCCGCAAGCGGCGUCGAACGGCCCUCGCCACACCGCGCGACACCCCGCACCACGCGCCUUGCCGCUCCGCUACGACUCCCCGCUCCGCUACGACUCCCCGCUCCGCUACGACUCCCCGCUCCGCUACGACUCCCCGCUCCGCUACGACUCCCUCACCGCGCUCCGCUACGACUCCCCGCACUGCGCUCCGCUACGACUCCCCGCACCGCUACGACUCCCCGCACCGCUACGACUCCCCGCACCGCUACGACUCCCCGCACUCGCCUCCGCUACGACUCCCCGCACCGCUACGACUCCCCGCACCGCUACGACUCCCCGCACCGCGCGCCACUACGACUCCCCGCGCGCCACUACGACUCCCCGCUCUGCUACGACUCCCCGCACCGCUACGACUCCCCGCACCGCUACGACUCCCCGCACCGCUACGACUCUCCGCAGCGCUACGACUCUCCGCAGCGCUACGACUCCCCGCAGCACUACGACUCCCCGCACCGCUACGAUUCCCCGUACCGUGCAACUCACUGCAACUCGCCGCAACCCGCAAUUCCCCUCCCCGUGACUCCCCGCGUGACUCGCCGCUCCGCAGGUGGCGCCGCCGCGCCAUGA